UUUCUCUCAAACCUCCAAGAGUCAAAGUCCUAGUUCUUCCUCAUCAUACCAUUCUCAUGCCUCCAGCUGAAAACAUAACCCGCGCCGCUGCACCAUUCAAUAAGCACAACGCCGAUGUCAUUCUACGUACCUCGGAUCAAGUCGAUUUCCACGUACACAAGGCCAUCCUUGGCUUUGCAUCACCCUUCUUUGAAGACAUGUUCGAGCUGCCACAACCGUCACAGGCGGAUGAAGCUCAGAGUACCUGCCCCGACACCGGUCUCCCGAUCGUUGAAGUCACGGAGGACAGCGAGACGCUUGAUCUCCUGCUACGACUCUGCUAUCCGAUCGAUGACCCGCUGUUGGACAAACACAAGCCCCUCGGACGCCUGCUGAACACUGCGAUGAAGUAUCAAAUGCAAAGGGUUGUAACACAGUUGUUGGGUGUCCUCAAAGCCAUGGUUCCCCGAGAUCCGUUACGUGCUUAUUUCAUUGCAUGUAGCGCCUCCUUAGAAGACGAAGCCCAUUCUGCAGCGAUUGCUUUCAGUGGGACGCUCGAUUACUUCCCGUUAAUGACGUAUGGAGCUACUGCGGGAGCGUAUUACCGCCUUCUUUUGUUCAGAGACACGAUCAGUCCAUCCAAAUCCCUAUUAUUCCGAGUUCCAGAACCACCAUCCUUGGAUACAACCAUUCCGCCCUCGGGGAAGCAAUUUACGGUCCCAGAUCCAUUCAAUCAACCAUCGUUGGGAUCGGAUAUAGUUCUGCGUUCUUCUGAAGGCGAUUACUUCUUCGUUCACAAGACUAUCCUUCGAAUGGCCUGCAACUCCGAACUUGAGCUAGCACAACUGUUGGGACAAUCCCUUUCUACCACUUAUGAAGACCGCGAGGUUGUCUCGCUCCCUGACACCAGCCAAAUACUCUGCCUAUUGUUGCAGCUCACAUAUCCCGUUCAAAUUGAUCGGCCAAGUUUUCCAGUGGACGAUCCUUGGGUGAUCUCUGAACUAUUGGCUUCUGCAAAGAAGUACGGCCUGACUCGGGCUGCUCAGGCUAUCAGGACGGAGUGGGAAAUGAUGCUGAGAACCGUCGAUCCGCUCGGCUGCUUUUUCGUGGCAGUAAGGCGGAACUGGGAUGGGUAUACUCAUAACGCUGAAUGCUAUGCCGCAAUGACCUGCACCAUGGAUUCGUACCAUCCACAGAUGGAGUUCGUGCCACCAUCCGUGUACCGCGCGUUUUUGCGGUACAGGUGGGAUAUGCGUAAAGCCGUCUAUACAGAACUGAGAAAGGAAGUAGACGAGCCAUUGCAAAAAAAGGAGGUCCACAGAUCGUUGUAUUGGGGCGACCAUGACGGGUAUCUCUCGCGCCCGUUGAUGCGUGCUGUCCUUGACGGACUGUGUUUACUGAGGCCUUCCUCCGACAUAUAUACAUCAGCCGGUAUGCGGAGCCAAGAGAAAUCAUGGAGUCAAUAUUUGGGUCGAAUCACGACCAUGCGGGACGCCGCCUCCACAAACGGUUCCGACCGACGCACGAUCUCGCAAAUAGAGGAUGAUAUCAGAAGAGCAUUCAUGCAGGUUGACCCCAAGUUGAAGUUUCCGGAAUUGGAUCCGUCUUGAAUGGAGAUAACGUCAAAUGCAUCUGUUGUUGAGUGGAUAUUCAUCCUCGACAUGGUGCCCGCAUUUUUGUAGCAGUCAAACGGAACAGGAGCGUGCCUCUUUUUUCAUGGUUUUGUCUCAUUUGUUCUGCUAUCGUCUGCAAACAAGAGCGCUCUGAAUAUUGUACCAUUACCGUUGACGAACCUGUAUGCACCAAUAUAUCAGAAUACGAUGCUGCUGAUGUCGUACGAAAUGAGCGGACUUUCAUGACGUAUUGCAGUACGGACUUACUGAUCUGUUGUAGUAAGGCCGUUGGAAUUAGCAGCAGUUGUGCGCUCCCCGG